CACGCCUGGCCGUUUGCUGGGACUCGACCUAUCAUCCUUCCCGCAUAUGAUGCGUAGCACCUGUGCUUGACAAGUCAUAUUCACUGCUCCAAGCCGGCCGACUUUGUGCUUGUACUCCCUCCUCGCACGCCCUUUCGAUAUCGUGCUUCUCGAUCAUAUCCGCGCUUCUUCCUUCCCUCUCAUAAGAGGCCGUCUCAAUCCUUCUGUUCCUUCAAGAUCACCCACCUUGGGCACCUGACACCAUGUCUCCUCUCAUCAUGGAUCAGUAUCGAUCGACCUCAGCCACUCAGUCAAGACGCCUUCGAUCAAAAAACUAUGCCCUGACUUGGGCAGGACCGGACGAUGCCCCGAGCAUUGUUGCCAUUGAGUUCGACGCUUUCAAGGGCGAGAAGACCAACCACAUCCUGUCAUAUCGCGACUUCACUCAACCAGCACAUCGCCAGCGAGCACUGCUCAUGUACCAGAACGCCAUGACCGGCUCGGAUAGCAUUCGCAGACGCAAGAAGUCUGCUUCAGCUCGCCGGGUUGAGCGAAGACCCAAUACUGAUAUCGUGCGAUUCCGAAAAGUGACAGAUGUGGAGAACAAGCUGAUCAUCUCGUGGGCAAAGACGGAGAUCAAGACUUACACCGAGGAUGAGCUGGCCAGCCCGGCGGACAGCGGGCACGAAGGGGAGGCAGUGAUGAACCGGGAAUGGUUCGCACUGAACGAGAAGCUGAAGAGGGAUUAUAUGGGUACCCAAAAGCAUUGUUACAUCAGCAUGCUCGCCACUUCACCUGCAUAUCAGCACAAUGGUGCAGGCACAAUGCUACUUGAAGACAUCCUCCGAGAAGCCGACGAUGCGGGCAUCGAAUGCUAUCUCGAGGCUACCGACACCGCCAAGCCUCUCUACGAACGCCAUGGCUUCGAAACGGUCAACGUACUGGAAUUCGAUCCCUCUCACUACGGUGUCCUUGGGUUCCGCGUAGAACGCCAAACGAUCAUGAUCCGCGGUGCCUUGGACCCCAUCACAAAACAGCGAAAGCCUGUCCGAAGCUGGCAUGAGGCGACCGGUCGUGAAGGUUCACCUUCACCUUCGCCAAGUUCCUCGAGCGAGAACAGCGAGAACGAGGGUGGUGCUUGAUGUGACAGCGAAGAUUGCAGUGCACGGAACACGGCGUUGGUGGAUGAGCUCGGUCUGGAGAGGCUGACCGGCUGGCGGCUUGGCGUUGCGAAAGAGACGACUGCAUUGCAUCGACGGUGGUGAAGGCGAUCUGAUCAUCGGUCUAUGCUGUACGGUAUUUCGUUGUAUGGUAUUCACCAGGAGUUCAAAAGCGGGUAAAGGAGUAAAAAGAUGGACUAUAUUGAUAAUUUCUUGGGCAUUGGCAACGGAAUGGAAAGGUGGGUUGGUGGUUGCAGAGGCGUCAAAAGCGAUCAGUGGGAGAAUGUCUAGUAUUCUUGGAUAGUUGCUGGCAUGAAUCGAGCGUAUUGUUUUGAACUUGUUUGUUGAUCUUUGAUCAUGAUGUCGGCAUUGGCAGAAUACGGUUGGGGUGGUGAUGAGGUUGGGCAAUGACCUUCCCGAUCAAUGGACUCUGACUCCCGACUAAGAGGUAGCCCGCCAGAAUCCCAAGUUACUCCAGGUGCCCUUGCCAACCCCUUCAAAGUAUCAGAAGACAAGCAGGU